UCUCUAAAUGAAUUAGACAAUCACAUCAAGUAAGCGAGGAAAUACUCGUUAUUAUUUGGCGUUUCUCUUCGUCACCCCGCCGUCGUCUUCCCCUAAAACCCCUACCAUUUCCCUCGCAAAACCCUUGUCGGCUCCAGGCUCCUGCUUUGCGCGCAAACCCUAACCCCACGCGCAGCCACCCCCACCUCCCAUGGCGCGCUCGAGCUCCCUCACCGAGGCGGAGGCCGGGAUCACCUGCUUCGCCUCCUCGCUCCCCGGCUUCCGCGGCGUCCUCAAGCACCGCUACUCGGACUUCAUCGUCCACGAGGUCGCCCGCGACGGCUCCGUCGCCCGCCUCACCUCCUUCGAUCUCCCCGACGAGUGCGUGGAUGUGAAUGAGGAGGACAAGGCGGCGCCGUCAGCCGACGCGGACCACUCCCAGGCGCUGGAGUCGUUCCGUGAGCUUUGUGGUGAUGCAGACUGCGAAGCGUUGAAGGGGCUUCUCCAGAAGGCUUCCGCGGGGGGUGAGAAUGACGUAUCACCUGUUAUUCUCUCGCCGGAUGCUGAUAAAGCUCAUCGAUCGGAGGUGCACAACUUCUUCAAGAUAAGUUUUAAGUUUUUGGUCACUGACACAGUGGAACACAACGAUGGAGUUCAGAGAUGCAUUAGGGUGCGGCUGGGAUCAGGAGGUAGGGAUGGGCGAAGUGGUGGCGGGAGAAGUGGUGGCGGGAGAGGAAGAAAGAGGAAGAACAUGGGUGGUUCUGAUUGGAGAGAUGACAGGCCAUUUGAUAGCAGAGGCUCAACUAGCUGGCCAAGCCAUGUCGGGAAGUUCCUAAGGUUUCACCUUUGUAAAGAGAACAAGGACACACAAGAAGCGUUAGGAGUAAUUGGGAAAAUGUUAGGACUUCAGUCACGCUCAUUCGGGUUUGCAGGGACAAAAGAUAAACGUGCUGUUACAACACAGCAGGUGACUGUUUUCAAGGUGUCAGCGAACAGAUUGGCUGCACUUAAUAAUCGGCUUUUUGGGAUUAAAGUUGGAAACUUCAGUUAUGUGAAGGAGGGACUUGUUCUUGGUCAGCUCAUGGGAAAUCGAUUUACAAUUACUCUGAGGGGCGUUGUUGCGGAAUCAGAAGAUGUAAUAAAGGCUGCUGUGGAGGGCUUAGGAAAGAAUGGAUUUAUCAACUAUUAUGGUUUGCAGCGUUUUGGAAGCAGUUCAGUACCUACUCAACUUGUUGGUGCUGCUUUACUUAGAGGAGAGUGGAAAAGUGCUGUAAAUUUGAUUCUUGAUCCAAGGGAAGGAGAGCGAGAUGACAUAAGGGAGGUACGUGAACAUUACAAGGAACAUGGUAAUAUUGAUAUGGCACUAAGGAACUUCCCUCGACAUCUUGUGGCUGAGAAGGCUAUUCUUCAAUGUUUGAAGAAAUGCCCUGGUAACUAUCUGCAAGCAUUAAAGAGUAUACCAAGAACAUUACGAAUGAUGUAUGUUCAUAGUUACCAAAGUUACCUCUGGAACCAUGCUGCCAGCACCAGAGUUCAAAAAUAUGGCAUUUCACAAGUUGUAGAAGGUGACUUAGUUUAUACCAAAGAAAUCAUUCCUGGAGAAGCAGCUUCAGUUGAUACUUCAGAACCUUAUGAUGACCAACUAAAUUCAUCUAAUAUUGAUCUAUGUUCUGAGACACUUCCAGAAGAAACAAUCCAGUCUGUGAAGAUAGUUGAUUUUGAAGAUUUAUCAAAGGGGGUCUACUCAUUUGAGGAUGUUGUCCUUCCUUUGCCUGGUUCACAAGCAUUAUUUCCUGGAAACAAAAUUGCUGAUAUUUAUCAUGAAAUGGCUAAAAAGGAUGGUAUUAGCUUGAUAGAGAAUGCACAUGGUGUCAAAGAAUUUUCAAUUACAAACAUGAAAGGAGGUUAUCGGCGGGUGUUCCAGCGGCCUAUUGAUUUUGAGUGGGAACUCAUGACUUACACAGAUGACACAUCAUCUUUAGCAGAAACUGAUUUGGACAUUCUGUCCAGAAACAAACCUACAGAAACCAAGGAGGUAAGUGAGACUGAAUCUAGUGGGAUAUUGAGUGCUCAGUCACACGAUUCGAAGUUGGCAGGGCCAUUGGAUAGCUCUAUGCCAGGUAGCGAAUCUGGUGUAGUGGAGGACAAAUCUGUUGGGAGCUCAGAUAUGUUAGCCAGGAAAGUGGCCAUAAAAUUAGCAUUUACUUUACCAGCAUCCUCCUAUGCUACAAUGGCUAUUAGGGAGUUGCUGAAGACUUCAACCUCGGUCUCGUAUCAGAAAACACUCGAUUGUUAAUUUUGUUGCUAACAUCAAUUCUUUAUGGGAAAUCUACCAUGUCGCAUCUUGGAGUUGACAUAGAUAUUCUACAUGAGUAGCUUGAAGUGCGUUUAGCAGUCAGUUCAGAUCAAUCGGCAGCUUGAAGUGCGUUUAGCAGUCAAUUCAGAUCAGACGGCAUUCAAAUGCCAUGAUGCUCCCAUUUUGGUACAUACACAUGUACGUUUGUGGGGGUGAAAACAUAUUUUGUACUAGAACUUGUGGCAUCCAUAAUAAAGAUUGUGAACCCUUUUAACCAAACAGGGAAAAGAUUGAGAACCCAUGUGAGGUUUCAUGCUUGUCUGGGUUUUGAAUUCUGAUAUGCUGUCCAUCAAUAACCGAACAGCAAAAAGAAGUUGAAACAGUCAAAUUUGAAUGUGUUGCUCUCGAAGAGCCGAAGUUCCUGGAAGCGCGGGUCGAUUGGAGCACAGGCGCACAGGGACGGCAGCUGGCUGCACAUUUGACGCGGCCUGACGGUGAGCAGCCGAGCGCUGACUCUCGAGGUUGCAACACGACGCGACGCCAGUCCUGUGUCCUCGUGGGCAUACAAGGCGGUUCCACAGGAAUGUCCACUUCCACGAAACUAAUCUGGUAGAGAGGUUGUGCCCAUUUGAAACAGACGAAAUUGUGGAUGAUGGAUGAUCUAUAACUUCUUCUUUAAUU